UUUUUACAGGCCAAACUAAAACGAGAAUUUUCGUUUGGAUGCCAUACAGCAUCGAGAAAAUUCCGGAAAGAUCUAAUCGUUGCUGAAAAAUAAUCUGCCAGUUCCCUGGGAAUUGAAGAAUACAUCCAUGCGAAAGAGUAUUGUUUUCAAAUUAUAUGGCGAACACAGCGACCAAAUACAUUUGAUUUCGUAAUUUUUCAAUCAAGUGUAAUUAGCUGGAAAGCUUCUGAAGAUUAUUCUUUCCCAUCAGUAGGAUAUUUUCGUAUCCAAUAUUGGAUGCAUAACAUGAAAAACGGAAAAUGUUUCGUAUCGCGAAAAUUAUAUAAUUUUCAAUCGAUUAUUGCUCAGUCGCCGAAAUUUUCAUACUCAGAGAGUUCAUUCUCCUCUAGUUUGCCUUCCAAAUUGCCAUCGUAAACCACACCUUCUCUCGAUUCAAUCACGCACGAAAAGCAUACUGAAAUGAUAUUCAACAUCGUUACUGAACGAGCUGAACGGUGAGGGAUCGAGGGAUUCAUUACCUGGCCUGACCUGACCUGAAAUGCAAUCAGUUUGUUUUAACUGUGAGGGAGCGCAGAAAAGCCGAUGCUGAUACUCUCGUGACCAAGAGAGUAUCAGCAUCGAAAUACGGUUCCUCGGGAAGACAUAGAAGCAGCCGCCACACCCACACACAUACACGCGCGCAACUCUUUUCAUUUGCUGGUUAUCGAGAGGAAAUCUGGAAAGAAAUGAUCGUUGCUGAAAAAUAAUCUGCCAGUUCCCCUUGGAAUUGAAAAUUACAUUCAAGCGAGUUUAUUUUAAUGUUUUCUAUCCAUAUAAUACUGCGACCACAUACAUUUGGUUUUGUGAUUUGUCAAUCAAGUGCAGUUAGCAGGAAAGCUUCUGAAGAUUAUUCUUCAGAACAAGGUUUUUUGUAUCCAAUAUUGGAUGCAUAAAACCUUGAGUCUCCAACGUAACACUCUCGUUUUUUAAGUCACCCAAAUAUUUAUUUAUUCAUUCAUUCAGGAUGGAUUUAGAUUCAACUUCAAACAAAUGAUCUCUAAAUCAACGAUAGUCCUACGUCACCCUUGCGGUUAUACCAUAGAUAUAACCCACUUCCUGUUUUUUUUUAUUGUAGAAUCAGUUGAUGAUAAUUGAUUAAUGAUUCAUUCUUGCCCUUCUUGGUGGCUAAAUAAACAAAAUAAUUUCUAUCUGUUAAUCUCAAUAAUCUCGAAAAGAGUUGCAUUGCUUCAUUAUGUUCAAGCUUAGCGCAAAUGUCAUCCUUGUUGAAAGCAGUUUUGCGAUUGGCACGCGAACCUAAAUAACUCACAACUUUCCAACACGACAUUCACUAUGGUGAAUACCUCGCUAUACGGCCGCUCUUUAUACGGCAUUUCGUUGAACAACGCUGGAACCGAUCCGAUAUAAUUUGUAUGAAUUUGUAUUAGAAUAAUUGAUUCGUUAUACGGCUUUGUUUUAGCGGCCAAGGAAAGUAUCCAGGCUGUAAAGCGAGGUAUGAGUGUAUUCCUCAAAUAAUUAUGUGGCGCACAACCUUAACGCCUGCUUCGCCAUAGCGUCAGUUUGAUGGAUUGAUGCAAUGUCAAAGGCACCAACGAAGCUCUUAUAAUGACGACAAACAAGCGAUGUUAACUGGUUCGAAGAAAGAACAAGUCAGAAUAUUUUGUCUUCAUUCCUAACGCAAAUAUUCCUCUUCCUCUACCUCACUCUUUGUUUAUAUUUAUUACAAGCUGAUCCGACGAACUUCAUCCCGCCCGCAAUAGAUUUUUUGAUUUGACUAUUUUCAAACAUCCACGUUUUCCUACUAAGUGAACGUUAGUGAGUCCAAUCACUGAACUCUUCAUUUAUUACCCUUUGACCCUUUACAAUUUCCUUUUAAUAUAAAUUGCCUAGUAUUUCUACAAAAAUUCGUCCGUUAUUUUCAGACACAAUUCUCGUUCAAGAUUCUUCAAGCAUUUGGAAAUAACAUGUUUCUCCGUUGCAUGGAAUACAUGUUUGAUACAGAGAAUAUUACAAAAUAAAGACAGCUCAAAUCGGACCAUUCCUUCCUCGGGUUUAGGGCACACCAACACAUUUGGCCUUCCAUUUUUGUUUAUAUACAUAGAAGAUAUAGGAAUGCGUUAUACCGUCUGAAAAUCCUUUUCCACUUUUUUUUUUUUGGCGCUAACAAAAAUCAAUUUCGUUAGCGCCAACAUCAAAUGGACUAACAACGCUUAUUAUGAUGUAAUUUUCGAACAUGUGGGAAUUCAAUUUGCCGAAUUUUCCGACCUUCCUUCAGGAUUUUCCGAUUUCUCUCCACUAUAUUGAUCUACGGGAAGAGACGAAUACAACAAAAUACAGGAGGCUAAAAUCGGACCAUCCCUUCUUCGGGUUUUCCGCUUACCAAUAGAUUUUGCCUUACAUUUUUAUUUAUAUAGAUAGAUAGAUAUAAGAUAUGGUAAUGCGUUAUUUCGCCUGAAAAUCCAUUUCCACUUACGAACAAAGAUCAAUUUCGAUAGCGCAAACAUCGAAUGGACUAACAACGCUUAUUAUGAUGUAAUUUUCAAACAUGUGGGAAUUAAAUUUUCCGAAUUUUCCGACCUUUCUUCAGGAUUUUUCGAAAAUAUCCGGUUUUUCUCUCCACUAUAUUGAUCUACGGGAAGAGACGAAUACAACAAAAUAAAGAAGGCUAAAAUCGGACCAUCCCUUCUUCGGGGUUUCCGCUUACCAACAGAUUUUGCCUUAUAUUUUUAUUUAUAUAGAUAGCGGUGGCAUAAUUUGCACCACCAACCAAUCGUCCAUCAUAGCAGCAAAAUAUUAGGUGAUUGUUGCAUCGUGACAGGGUCAAUGCACACGGGAGCAGAUACAAAUGGGGUUUCAGCGUAGCGAAGAUGUGCUAUUUGUACAUACGCGUUAUGAAGCACGCACGUACACACACACACAAAGCCAUGUAUCGAUGGCUUAAAGCAACUAAAUAUACACACACUUAUUUCUGCUUGGCACUCUUCUCAACAGAAGUCCUUUCUAUUAAUAUUUCCGGUCUCGAUUAGCUCCGCUGUCAUCCUUGGUGGAGAUAGUUUUGAUAAUGUCAUGCGAAAUCAAAUCACACACAAAAUUCCUGAACAAUUAUUUUCUUGGUGGUCGAUGAUAGCAUAGUUUGAUGACACGUUUAGUUCAGUUUGAUGACAUGUAUAGUUCAGAACCUUACUGGAAUGGCGUCAGUUUGAUGUAAUGAUUGCAAUGCCAAGUGAUGAUGCAAAACAAGGAAGAACAAGCGAUGUUUAUUGCUUCGUAUCUAGAACGAUACUGAAUGUUUGCCUCAGCGAGAUACAAUAUUUAUACUCUAGGCAGAUAUUUCCCUUCGUUAUUCUUCUUCUUCUCUUAUUUGUUCACGGAGACUUUAAAUCAUUUCCCUUCGCUGAUCACCGAUAAGUUGCUCGCUAUUGACGGCAUGGUUAGGGAAACUCACAAAUGAGCAGAACAAAUGUAUGGAGAAAUGGAAAUGCUCCUAGUUUUCAUCACAUUAAACCUUUUACACACCAGGGUAUUGUAAUGUAUAGUAUAAAAACCAAAUCUGAGGGAAUUUUUGAUUCGUUUGGUAUGUAGAUCUUCAAAACCCAAUCGCGGCAAAAAUAGUUGUUAGCGUUAACUUUAUUUCAUAGAACGUGACCUGUUUUCUGAUUUGGCACCCUUAAUGAAAGACGUAGUUCUACGUCAAAAAGAUGGGUGGGUAAAGUCGGGGACAUAACCGGAGAAACGUAGGAGUACACCAAGAGCUUUCAACUGAAAUAAAUGAUCGAAUACGUGAGCAGUUUUUCUGUACCUAUUAGUAAAAUUACAAACUGCCAUACGUCGAAACUCUUCUAGACAAACUGAAUGCAGACACAGGCAAUUUUGCGUCAGUAACAUCUCUGUGUGCUGGAUCGAUUGCAAGAAAGCAAUGGAUGACGGUUUUCUGUUGAAUGACAACAAAAUUAAAACUCGUUGGCUUUAGGAAAGAAAAGGAUAGCAGAUAACAGAUGGCUGGCUUGUGUGUCUGUUGACUUCGUUGUCUUACUAUCCAUAUUUUCAAAUUCCCCUCGGACAGAAUUAUAUUGUACGGUGGUUAGUUGCGAUUGUUUUCGCAAUAACAGCGAUAUUAUUAAAAUGUAUUUCGCUGCUGCUCUAGUCGCUUUUUGGUUGACUCAACUGUAUCGAUCGUAGAGUCCCCAAUGACCAAUAAGCUCGAAAACACUUCUAAAUUAACAUAAGCUCUCCGCAAGCAAACAAAAAUCAGUUUACAUUUUUUUUCUAUUGUUUCGGAUAUACAGGGUCUUUCAGAUUGAACGCUCAUGCAAAAAAAUCGAAUAGCUCCUUAUAAUUUUUUUUUCGCUCGAUUUUUUUUGUAACACUGCAUUCCUAACUUCGGGACGAUAAUAUUCGGCUACCCGUUCAGUCUGAUCGGAUGGUUUUUAGUGUCAAGAUGUACAAUUUACAAGAACAUGUAUUAUUAGUGAAAUCGUAUUACUCGAGCAACCGAAGCCUUGAUGAAACUUGGUCCUCUUAUGGUAAGAAUUUCAACAUUUAUCGUCGUCGAUUACUCCCUCUGAGGGUACGUGAAGGACCGUUGCUAUGCUAAUAAGCCACAAAAUUUGGAGGAACUUAAAGAAGGAUUUUCAACAGCAUCGAAGUCGCGCUGUUAGAGUUGUGCAAGAAUUUUGUGCACCAUUCUAAAAGCGUUAUCGGGGUGGUCACAUCGAAAAUGUCGUAAAAUAAGCUUUAUUUUCGUUUCUGAAAAAUAAAAAUCGGUUCACUUUUGUAGAUGUUUUCAACAUUUGUUGCGUGAGCGUUUAAUCUGAAAGACCCUGUAACUUUAGCAUCGAACUGUUGUAUAGAAUUGUAUUGUAAUAACACUUUUGUGUAAAGUUUGGUGGUCCUGAACAAUUGAUUCGCGAGAACAAACUGCCGUAUGUCGGAAUUUGUGUCCAUAUUUUGCUAACGUACUCUCCUAGACAAACUGAAUGCAAACACAGGCAAUUCUGCAUCAGUAUCAUCACUGUGUGUGUUUUUCCACAAUUUGAUUUAUGAUGAAAUAUGUUUUUUUUCUUCAAAUUUAUGCUUAUUUUUUAUUUGAUUAGGCUUCUUUCGUUUUUUUUAUUCCCUUUAGACAUUUAUUUCAUGAUAUUUUUUUCUUCCUUUCUUUGUAUCUGAAGUUUUGCUUGUUCGAUCCUCCAUGCAUAGCUAACUACUAAUAAAAAAUGACGCGAGUAAUAACUACGUUCAGACGGCGAACCUUUCAAUUGGAACGCUAGUGACAUUCAAGAAGAAGGAUAUAUGAAGAAUCCAUUGUAUAAUUUAGGCUCCCUCUUCAGAAAGAUGCAGAGUGUUUGGCUAAGGUCUAUUACUUUUUGGUAGCUGUUGAAAGUGUUGCUGAACAGUACUAGGAUUUCCUAGUAGGAUUUCCGUUAAAAAAUCGCAAAAGAAAUAAAAGAAACGCAAAUAACCGCAGAGAAAACAGCGUAAUGUAAAAGUCACUAGAAAUAUUCAAACGCGGAAAAAACCUCAUGGACAUAAAUGCCGCAAGGAAAAAAGCGCAAUGUUUUCUUUAACCUAAUAGUAAAUGCAAGUCGAUUUUUCUUCAUGAAAAUCACAUGUAAUCAAGACGAGUUUGGGUUUGUUGAAAAGUUUUUUUUUGUUUUUUAGUGAUUUUCUUCAAAGAGAAAUAAUGAUCAUGGUUUGUCCAAGUUUAGUGUUGUUUGGAUACCAUCUAUGUAAAUAAGUUCAAACUUACGGGAUACGUCCGAACGGCAAUUCUGACAUUACGUAUUACCUUCCACUUCACUUUCCUUGGGUUUGUCUGGUUUUAGAAAUCACUAUUUUUGAGUGAAGAAAUUCGAAUGUUCAAGUAGAUGUUGCAUUUCUCAUUGCUUGAGUUUACUGUCAUCAUAUUGAUCCAUUCAUGAUCAUCAUAUUGAUGCUUUCUUCAGAAUAUUGCCUUUUCUUGGGCUUUUUAAAAGUGAACUCAGUACAAACGGCACCGCAUGUGGAAAAAGCAACAUUAGUGAAUCGGACAAACCAUGAUCAGAAUUGAGAUCAUCGAGAUGUAUUAAUUCCAAGAUUCGGAUAUAUAAAUCUGAUUCAAAUGGUGUGCAAGCAUGAUGUUCACAAUAUUUGUUAGAGUUACAAUCCAGAAAAGAUCUGAAAAGGUGCCAAGUAAUCAUCUGGUGAUUGAUUAAAAGUUAGCUCAAAUGAGAGGGCGUAUUGACACCAAUAGAUGGUGGAUUUAAUAACCCUUUAAAACAUGUGAAUCCGUAAAAAUAUUCUAAAAAACUACUGUAAAUCAUGAAAAAGACUAUUUUAUCAUUUGAUUUGAUUUGCCACAGGUGCGCUGAACUAGAGCAUUCAAAAAAGUGUACAAACCAAGAUCAUAUUUUCGACUGGGAAAACCAACAUCAUUUACCUUACUCUUUAUCUCACUUCAAUGCAGGGAAUGCAGAGUUAAAGAAGUAAAUAAUUGAAUAAUUAGGGAAUUAAAAAAUUGAAUAGGAUUAAACAAUUGAAGAAUUAAAGAUGUAAAUAAAAAUGCUAUCAAAAAUGGUGCAUAUAACAUAAUAUGUUUCCAACAUAAACCAUGGAUAAUCCUAACUUAAAACGGGAUAGUGGAAUUUUAUUUACGAUAAAACGUACCAUUAACUCAUCCGUUUUUUUGCUAUAUUGCGCAAGUAUGAAAUCUGAAUUAUUUCGAAGAAAACAUCCUACUCUUUUCAAAGUAUUUUUAAUCAAAAGCUAUACAUUUUCCCAUCCCUUUGGCAGUUUGAGGAUGCCACGCUAGCUAAAACAAUUGCUCCUUUCCAGGAACAAACUAUUUUGAUAUUGCCAUUUUUCGAUAUUUUCGUAAGAUUUGAAGUGUACAUGUACCAUCGCUACCAAUAGGUGGUAGUCAGAAGGAGUCAAUUCUGGUGAGUAAGUCGCAUGUGAAGGAACUUCUCAACCAAAUGACGCAAGCGUUUCCUUGAUCGAAGCAUUAUCAUGCAACAAAAUCACUUUGUGUUGCCUUUUUUUGGUAUUCUGGUUGUUUUUCACCCUAAGGUCGAUCAAAAUUGACCUUUUCUUGUCGGUUGCGUUCGGUAUUAACUGUUUCGCCGGGUUUGUGUAGCUCAUAGUAGAUCAAACCCUUCCGGUUCCACCAGACAACAAAGCAUGGUCUUCCGUGCAUAGCGAUUUGGUCGUGCAACUGAUAUUGCAGAUUUCCGUGAACUUUUUCAAGAUCUUCGACGCUCAGGAUUCUGACCAUGACUUCCAAACGUGUGGAGAUGGCUUUGCGAGUUACGUCCUUUACUCGAUAGCCCCUAGAGCUUAGCAACCGAAACAUAAAGUUUUGGAAAUUGAUACAAAGAUAAAAAAAAGGACUCGACGCAACACGUCGCCACGUCGCAAAUCGUGGGGAGUUAAUUACUGUCCAAAUAAAACUUCGAGUAAAAACAAAGCUAGAGACAAACCAAAAAAAAAAUAAAUCUUUAUGUAUCAAAAGUCUGUCCCCGUCUGGCGCGUUAUGAAACACAGCUACCAAAGCAGAACUCCCUGGCGGUCUCGGGAAAUCUUGGCCAAGUCGUCAAGGUGGGUUUCCGGGGGCGAACCGAGAGGACAGCAAUGAGUGUGCGUAGUGUGUGUGUGUUGUGUAGCGAUUUUUCUUCGAUAUAGAGAGGACGACCUUAAAAAUAGAUUUUCGGCGGCGCUUGGAAAUAAGUUGAGUUAUGGUAGCGGAGGGCGGCAAAAAUCGAAACAUUUCAGUUGACACUGAACGUCUCUCUUUCGGUGGGGGGGAUCAAUUUCAUUCAAAGUGGUCAAUUUGUUGGGUUUUUUUCCUGCUUACAGAACCAUUAAAAAAACGCGAGUUCGCCUGCCAUAUUCAAUGUCUGCCUCGUGGUGAAGAAUUGACGCGUGUGCUCUCGGAAAUUCAUUCAUGAAAAGUGGCUACGAUAGAUAUGGCAAAAGGUUUGAUUUAGCAAGAAAAAAAAACAAACAGACAAUUUAAAAAAGACAGUGAAGAUGGCUGCGAGCGCGUGUUUCUGUUGAGUCGAGGAUAUUAACACGUGAAACAUAGUAGGCGGAGAAAAGCAUAGCAAAAAGUGAAUUGUUGACACACGAGAUGUCAGUUGCACAACGAAAUUUUAUUGCGUUUGCGAACCAAAGUGAACAAUAAAAGUGUGCUUACUUUCCUUUCGCGAGAUCGGUGCCGAAUUGAUUUUUCAACUGGCGACGGAAUUCUGUAUGAUUACAAAAGAACGGAGAGUGGCCAAAAAAAAAAUCGCCAGUCGUAGACUGAGUGAGAUUUGCACAAAAUUCAAGCGAGAAAAACGCAAAACAACAGUGGAAAACCAUUUAUUCCCACCACGGGAAUAAAUCUUAAAGCGACUGCAAUCGAUAGAGAGAAGGAGAGAGAGAGAGAGCGAGUCCCAUAACAGGAAGAAAAACAGCGAAAGGGAAAAUCAUGAAGCUGUGGAAAUCGAAGAAAUGCUCUUCCGGCAGUGGAGGAAAUGGCACGAGCUGUGUGACGGGGGGUAGCGGUGGUGGGAAGGGCGGUACACUAUCGAAAAGCUGCAAUUUCAAUAGCCACAGCAGCAGCAACAACAGCUUCGAGGACAAUAGCGUCGAGACGUCGUUUAUCAACCCGACGGCAACUGGGAUCGCUGGUGGCGGCACCGGGACGGCUGCAGUAACGACCGCCGGAACGCCAGCGGCUGGCCUGAUGCCAUCAUCCGGGGGAACAAGUGGGAGUAUACUGUCGGCAAUCGAUCGAGCGAUGAGCCCGGCCCAGUCAGAGGAUUCGGGGCUGGCGGCGGACCGUGGAACCACUUAUGCAACCAUUACGAUCCCCCGCGAUCAGGGACAACCGUUGGGGAUAAUACUGGCAGAGCGCACCGACCUGUCGUAUCCACCGGCGGUGGAGUCUAUCAGUGGCCCGGCAGCGGACUUUCUGGCGCCGGGCGACCGAAUCCAUCAGAUCGAUGGCAUUUCCACGAUUGGCCUCACCAAUCAGCAUUUGUUCAGCAUCUUGGCCCACGGCGAUGGGUCGGCGGUUGUCGAGAUCGAGUAUUCGUAUCCGGAGUACAUCUCACAGAAUAGUUUGUGUGUGACCACAAAGCUGGCCCAGAUCACGGUGGAGCGCGAGAAUGGCUGCCUCGGGUUGACGCUGCGCGGUGGCGGCGAGUACCCACUGAUCGUUACCAAUGUGCGAAUGCAUGGACCGGUGUUCAAGACGGGACAGAUCAAACCCGGGGAUCGGGUACUGCGGGUUGAUAACAUCUCGCUGAUGAACAAAACACUGACCGAGGCGCAGCACAUCUUGAAGAAUGGGCACCUGUCCGGGUAUACGAAUCUGACAAUCGAGUAUGACGUAUCGGUGAUGCAGAGUGUGGAAUUCAGCAUGGGACCGCUGCUGUUGGAAAUCGAACGGCCGAUGAACGAGAAGCUGGGACUGAUUUUGAGCAAUUACUCGAGUGCCGUCAAUCAGAACGAUAUCUAUCAUAAACUGGACGAAGUGCAACAGGCGGGAAUUUACAUUGCCAGCAUACUGCCAGCCAGCAUUGCGGAUCGUUGUGGAGCCCUUACCGUCGGUGAUCAGAUUCUGUCGGUGGAUGAAACGAUAGUGGAGAAUAGUGCCUACUCUCCGGAGGAAGUGACAACGCUGCUGGACGCUAACUGCACCAAAGGUUACACUCAGCUACAGAUUCUGCCCGCCCAUACACUGGUUAGGAGAAGAGGCAUCACAUGUUCCAGUCCGAAGUACGGCUUCAACACUGUCGACUCGCGUAAGAACCUCGCCUCCAACAAAAGUCGUCGAUUGGUUCGCAAAAGUUCCCUCCCGCAGCCGGCGGAAAACGGCAGCGGGCCCGCCGGGACACUCCAUCCGAACAUGGGACUUUGUAAGGCGGAAACCAUUCAGCUGGUCCUGGAUUGCUCGCAGGGUUCCGGUAUCUGUUUGGGGCCGAAGACUCCGUGCGGUCGUGGUUUCAUCAUCGCCCAGGUUCUUCCCGACUCGGUGGCGGAACGGUCCGGAUGUCUGCAGAAGGGUGAUCGCAUCCUGGCGGUGAACAAAAUGUACAGUUUGGAUGCGAAUACGGUCCGGCAGCUGCUGGGAGACUUCGGACCGAAGUCGAGUGCCAAUCUGUACCACAAUCAACCCCAGAGUACGAAUUGGGUCGAGCUUGAGCUCGAGUUCGACAUGGCGGACAGUGUUAUCCCUUCGAGUGGUGUGUUCAAUAUCAAACUGAUUCGACAGAACAAAUGCGGUCUGGGGAUUACGGUCAAUGGGAAUAACCAUGGGUCGUUCGUUAUCUCGGAGGUCAAACCCGGGAGUGCGGCGCAUCGAACGGGGUCACUUAGAGCCGGCGAUGUUCUGCUAGCGGUGGAUAACCAUCCGGUACAACACUAUAACUUGGAUCUGCUGCUGAAGGAGUGCAAAAAUGAUUAUAUCACACUUACGGUGAAGAGGAACUCACUGCCGGAUUUUCUGUUUGAUGCACAACAGAAGACCAAUCUGAUCUACGGCAGCACGGAGGAUAAUGCUUACAUUUAUGGAACCAGAUACAACGAAUCGCCUUCCCUGAAAUCCAACAAUAACGUGGACUACUUCCAAAUCGAGGAUCACAUCCAGCAGCAACAACAUCAGCAGCAGCAGCUGCUGCGACGACCAAUGUGGAACCGACCGACGACGUACGACAUUCUGCCAAGCGGAGCGAAUGUAAUGACCCAAAGUACGGGGACUCUUAAGGCGAUCCUCCACCAGCAGCCCCAGCAGCAGCCACCGGUCCACGUGUCCUCCAGUGCCGAGAAUCUGCCGCACUGCCAGAAUCAGCUCCUCGGCGAUGGGGACGAGGAUCGCUUCGAUGAUAUCGUGCACUACAAGAUGGCUUCGAUGAAUAUCAACAGUACCAAUUAUGUCGGGUUGGGGAAUGCAGCGGUCGCCAAUCGAGAGCUGGACGAUCAGAUACAGCAGAUUAUUUUCAGUGUGCGAUUGGAACCAAAUGGUGGACCGCUAGGGAUCACUCUUGCUGGUAGCGAUGAUCUCCAGAAACCGAUCAAAAUUAGUGGCCUAACGGAGGGUGGCGUUGCUCACACCAACGGACAGCUGCAGGUCGGCGAUUGCUUGCUGGCGAUCAACGGGGAGAGUGUCCGUGGGGUUCCACUAACAACAGCUACCAAGCUACUGCACAAGUUCGAGAACGUGGUAGAGCUACAGAUAUCUCGAACGGAAUGCGUUGGAGCCAGGAGUCAAGGGGCGAUCGGCAAUGAACCCCAGCCGCAGGUAGUUUACGCAAAAGUUCAACGGAGGCCCCGGAGUCCCUCGAUCACGGAUGCACUGUCAACCAACUCGAACGCCAGCUCAACGAACUGCCGAACGUUGCAUGUGACUCUGUUCAAGGAUCGUGUUUACGAUGACUAUGGGUUUUCCGUGUCGGACGGGCUGUACGAGCGGGGAGUUUAUAUCAACAGGAUUCGGAGCGGGGGACCGGCCGAUCUUGUCGGUAUGCUCCGACCGUUCGAUAGGAUUGUGCAGGUCAACGGAACGAAAACACAGGACUUCGAUUGUUGCCUGACGGUACCUCUGAUCGCGGCCGCUGGGGACAAGAUAGACCUGGUCCUACAACGACCCCAACCGGAGUGAUCGUAACCAGCGCUGCUCACUCACAUCGCAAAGUGCCAUUUCCAGAAAUAGAAACGAAGUCGGACGUCGUUUUUGCCUUUAUGCCAAAUUGUAACUUCACCAAAAAAAAAAAAAUGAAAACAGACCUUUACACGUAUUGAUAUUAAUACUUUACAAUAUACGACUAGAAGUUUUUCCCCCUGUUCUCCAGUAGGUUUACAACAAUUUCACACAUCAUCUACGAUUAAAUGUAUUUAUUAUCGCUAAAAAGGGUGCUGAAGGGCCCCCACAUCUACUCAUACCAAGCCUACCCAAAUCUUACGGAACCUGAUCGAUAGGACAAUAAGCGUUAGCCAAGGUUUCCUUCCUCCAAUUUCGCGUUCAGCCGCUGGGCAACUAGUGUAACUAUGAAGCGCCAAAUACAAAAUCAUUUUUACAACAGAAAUA